AUGAAGAAGCGACUCUGCCACAACUGUUUGAAAGGAGAAAACAUAGCGAAAAAUUGUUCGUCCGACAUCAACUGCAAACAUUGCAAUCGACGCCACCACUCUCUUUUGCAUGACGGUACUGGUGAUGGAACCCAGGGAGCCACUUCUGACGCACCCGUCCCGAGUACAUCUGCUGUGGUACAGGCUCACCAAAAUCGUCCAACUUCUUCGAUGGGGAAUCCUAUUCAAUCUGCGGUCGCAGCCAUCGAAAAUGUUCCAGAUUGUGAAGUCAGCGUUCCGAUUCCACAUCCCAAGGAGAACGUCUUUCUUCUGACAGCUCUGGUGAGAGUCGUUGAUGCCUUUGGUCAGGGUCAUCUGGUUCGUGCACUUUUAGACAGCGGAUCGCAGCCUGAUAUCAUCAGUGAGCGUAUGGCCCGUCAACUACGACUGAAGAAAACAAACGUGGAUGUGACUAUACAGGGAGCCGGCCAGCUUGAGCAGUCGGUACGUGAGUCCAUCGUGGCACAGGUCAAGUCAAGGAAUGGAAACUUCGAAGCCGAAAUCAAGUUCUUAGUCAUGAACAAGGUAACAGCAAAUCUUCCGGCGCACGACAUCUCCAUUGAUGAUUGGCAGAUUCCCGAAGAGUUAGCCCUUGCUGAUCCUGGCUUCAACAAGAGCCAGCGCAUCGAUAUGGUUCUCGGGGCAAAACAUUUUCAAUCCUUCUUCCCCAGCGCCGUUCGCAUUCAUCUUGGUGAACAUCGUCCGCUACUUGUGAAAAGCGUCUUCGGAUGGGUGGUAACCGGUUCUGCACUAACACAGCCCAAUCAACCACCCACUCCAUAUUCUGUCUCGUACAGUAUCCUGAACGUUUCGACGGUAACGCUAGAGGAGAGUAUCGAACGUUUUUAG